UCCCCCCCACCGUGGCUCAUAUGGAGCCACUUCUCAGUGACAUGCAGUCACAGUCACACAGUGACACCUUCACCGGAAACCGACAGUCACGGGUGUCACUUACAGGAAGGAUGUUACCUGUAAUGAUGAGAAUGCUAGUCCUGCUGCUGCCUCUGGGUCAGGCUGCUCCCAAGGAUGGUACCAUGAGGCUGGACCCUGAAGGGCAGCAUCUGCCUCUGCCCAACCCCUUCCAGCCAGGCCAGGAGCAACUUCGACUUCUGCAGAGCUACCUAAAGGGACUAGAGAGGAUGGAAGAGGAGCCAGAGCACAUGAGCCGGGAGCAGGUUCUCCUCUACCUCUUUGCCCUCCACGACUACGACCAGAGUGGACAUCUGGAUGGCCUGGAGCUGUUGUCCAUGUUGACAGCAGCUCUGGCCCCUGGAGCUUCUGAUUCUCCCACCACCAACCCGGUGAUCCUGGUAGUGGACGCGGUGCUGGAGACUCAGGACCUGAAUGGGGAUGGGCUCAUGACCCCUGCAGAGCUCGUCAAUUUCCCUGGAGAGGCCCCGAGGCUCGCAGAGCCCAGAGACCCCCUGGAGCCACAAGAUGUUGGGAGGCAGCCUCUGUUGGCUAAAAGCCUAUCAAGACAAGAAGCACACGAAGCCCCGGGUCCCAGAGAAGAAGCUGGGGGAGAGGUGGAGGCCAGAAGGGAGUCCUUGGAGCCUGUACAGGAGGCUGAGGUACAGGUAGAGGCUGCAAGAGAAGCCCCAGGCCCAGAAGCGGAGGUUGGGGGACAGGUAGAAGCCAGAGACCCUGGAGAGAGAGCAGAAGAGCUUCCAGGGGAAACACUGGAGUCUAAGAAAACCCCCAAUGAGCUUGAGGUUCAUGCAAUUCAGCUGGAGAAUGAUGAGAUAUAAACCUUGCGGAUACGGGUUUGCACCCCUAGAAGUCUCAGUGCUGGAACAUAAGCCCCAAAGGGUAGGGUGUGUAUUUUAGGACAACAACCACCUCUGUGCCCCCUUCUUGGCCUCAGUAGGUGUCAGGUCUUUCUGUGCAGCUCAGGGAGACCCAAAGUUGAAGGGCAGCUUUAGGGCCCAGACAACCAAUAAAGAACCGAAUGAACCCAUCCCCUGGACCAUUGAUCCACUGGUCCAGCCCGCCCUGACCUCAGGCUGCAGGGGGUCGGGACUGGGUGGUCCUCUUGGGAGGGCAGGAACUCCGUUUACCCAGUGUUCCCAGAUGGUGCUGAGAUACAGCAGAGUACAGCACUAGGCCACAGCCAGCUGCUGGCACCCCAGGGAAGCGAGCUCAGCCUUUCCCUGGGGCCCAGCUGCUAGAGCGCCCUCCUGCAGUUCAGGGCAAAUCUUCUCCAUCACCCUGUAUCUGCUCCCCACCCCUGAAAAUAUUAAUAAUAACUACCAUUUAUUGAGAGCCUAGUAUAUAUCAUGCUGGACAUUUUAUAUACUGUGAUUUUAUCCUCAUGGUAAUUCUAUGACCAGGCAGAAUUAGCUCUAUUUGAAGGAUGAGGAAGUUGGGGAAGAUGGAGUUCAGUAAUGUACCCAUGGUGACAGCUAAUUAAGUGGCAGAUUUGAAUUCAGGUCUGUCUGACCCUAAAGCCCAUACCUUUUAUCACAUUCUAUGGCCUAACCCCCCUGUCCCAACUCCCAUAGGAAAAUUCGCUAAUUCCCACACACACUCAGACUGGGUCUCCCCCAGGGAAAGCAGCACUGUGCAUCCCGGGUCACAUGUGUGGCUGAGGCACCGCCUUCACUGCAAGGCGGCUCCGAGGGCGGGGCGGUCAGGCUCGGGGGCAGUCACUGGGGACAUAUUUUUGGACGGCAGAGGCUCCACCAGACCACAGAGUAGGCGCCCUGCCCGCUGGCCUGUCAGGUUGGCUCAGCCAUGUGGGCACUCUUGUGGCCACUGGAGUCUUGUGACAGCGCUGGGGCGCAGAGGAGCUUUUCUCAUGGCUUCUGGUUAUCUGGAAGGUUCCCUGGGGUGCAAUGGGUUACGUUUCCUCCCCUACCAGGAAGGCUAGGAGUCUGGCCCUCUGCCCAUG